CGUGUCGUGCUGACAUGCGCACACCGAACCGAAAAAUCAAAUCAGAAAUAACUAACAGCAUCAAUCAAAGGGUUUUUAAUUUCAAGUUUUUUUUUAAAUUGUAAUUAUUCUAAUAAUAAUCUUUGGUUUUUGGUUUAUCGGUAACUUUAAUGGAAACAGUAAUUAGUCGAAAUUCCCCAGUCGUGAAGCGGUAGUGCUAUUAAUAAUUGGGCGUCUCCAUAAUAAUAAUGUCGAAAAUUCACACAUAAAAAUGAAAGGAGGUUAAGUCGUGGAAUGCGGGCGGUCGCCCAAACAAGUUGAACAGGGGUCAAAACAAGAUGAGAUGAAUUAUAAAAAGUCAUGGCAGAAUUCUUGCCACUAUGCGAUCUGCUAUUUAACGUAGUAUCGCUGGCAGUAUAUUUCUGUGAUCUAGUUUUUGAUUUGCUAGUGGUAUAUGCCCUCUGUAGAAAUGGAUUUACACUGUUUUUGGCUCAAUGUCUCAUGUCUAUUGGACUCACCAUGCUGAUAUGUCAAGUUGUUUCUUUUAAGUGGUAUUUAUCAAAAAAACCUAGGAUUUUACUACAAGCGAUAGUCCUAGGACUACACGUAUGUCAGUUGGGAAUCUUGUGGAGAUAUGCUCGUCUUUUGGUACCUGUGGACAUAUCAAGUGUUAAAAAGGAAGUGAGAGAUUUGUGUAUAUUACGUCUGGUGCAUGGUUUCCUUCAAGCAGCUCCAAUGUUGCUUUUGCAGUUGAGUUUACUAACUGAUUCAAACAAUAGUCUUGGAGUGCCGAGGGAUUUGGUGACAGUAUCGGCUGCCCUGUCCUUAUUUUCAGUGUGCUGGUCUCUGGCCAGUUUCAGCAAACACGUGCAGAGCGUCGAUCGUUUGGUUUUGACGUGGCUCGGGGUCGUUUCGCAGCUGUUUUGGCGCACGGGCACCAUCACCUCCAGGGCCAUAGCGUUGUCUGCGUACGCCGCCACUUACCAUUCUUGGAUAUUUUUGGUGUUACUGCUGCAUUGGUCCUGCAUGUUCCUGUGGCUGUUGAGUCCCCGCAGUCCGUUUCACGGGCAACGCGGUCGAAGAUUGUGGACGUGCGCGCUGGUCGCCGCCAUUUACGUUUUGGCAUAUAUUAAUCUUCAGGGAAAACCGCACGGGCGCACCAUGGCCAUUUUCUAUGUGGUCAUGUUACUGGAGAAUUGCUUGCUGGUGGGCGCGUGGCUGGGCGCAUCUUGGUAUGCGCGCCCACAAAAUUGGCAAUUGGUGCCCAUCCUCAACCUGUCACUCUUCUUUGCCGGGCUGUUCUUUAUGUUGCUUUACUAUCGUUACUUUCAUAUAAGACGUUUAAUAGAGAAACCGGCUGCCCCUUCGGCGACCUCUGGAGGUGGAGUGUUCAAUUGUCGUUUCGUGGGCGGUCCGAAUUCCGCCUCGUCGCCGCUUUAUCGGAAAAAAAAGAAACCGACGACUUUCGUGCCGCCUCCGCCGCCCUCGACUGACGCCCAGGGGCUCGGGGGACCCGUUUCGGUUCCCUUUUGGCGCAUCAGGCCGUUACCGUCCAGUAGCGAAAAUGAAGGCAGUAGUGUCGGUUCGCGCGUAAACAUCCAUCAGAAGUUACAAGAGAAAAAACAAAAGCAACUCGCCGAGUUGAAAAUAAUCGAGGAGGAAAUCAAACAGGGAAAGUUGGUCGGGCCGGAAAAUGCCGAUUUCGAGGAUCGGCAGCCGAUUCCGCGGGCGAAGAAACACGUGGAGCCGCAUUUGUUGAGUUUGGCCUCGCUGAACAAUUUGGCCAGUUACGGGGUGAAUUUGAACAGGAGACCGCCACCGAGAGCUCCCAGAAUUAGAACUCCCGAAUUGCUCCUGACUCCUCGUUAUCUCUAUUGUGAUUGUGUCGGCGGUUCGGCGGGUGGUGGAGGAAGCGGGGGAGUUGGCGGGAACGGUGGCGGCGGAGUUAAUUCGCCGGCGAUCGGCGGUGGGGAAAUGGGGGUGGCAGUAGUGGGGGGCGGUGCCGCUGUUGUGUCCGUGGGCUCCGAUUUGGAAAGUCAGGUGUCGCUGCCGCGGUCCUACACUUUGCCGAGGGAAUUCAAGUACUAUCGAAGACAGCGACUCGGCAGAGCGGUUCAACCGGUGGCUUCGACCAACAGCAGUGACGGAGACGUGGACAGUAGCGCCGACGACGAUUCGGAAAAUGGGGGCGACAAGAGUCGCCCCUCGCAUCCCCCCUUGACCGCGCUCAUGCCAAGACCCCUUAGGAGACCCCCGUACAGACACGAAACGCAACUGUGACCCCCUUUGUAAAUUUUUUUUUUUUUUGUAAAUAGUCAUACAAUUUUUUUAUGCCAUUUAUUUAUAUUUUUGUGACUAUAUAUAUAUAUUUAUGAGAUUAAUUUAUUUUGUACAUCUUUUUAUACUUUUUUUAAGAAAAAUAAACAAUUUUUAUUA